GUUAUCUGCCCGUUCCCGGAGAGUGAAACAAACAUGGCGACAGAGUGCAGUGGACAGGGGUAUAUUCUAACUUUAGUGGUUUUCUUCUGGACCGUUGUUGUCGGACGACCGGAGGCAGCAGUGACGGGCGUGAGCAGCAGUCGCGUCUUGGGUAUGAGGCUGGAGAGGAGCGACAAGCCGGCGACCACCACCGAUGACGGUGUCAUCCAGGUAACCGAGCAGAGCAGCGUCCAGCUCAGGUUUUACGGGGUGCAGAUGAACUCUGGCACCUGGUCACAGAUCAGGUUCAUGGAGCGCGGGGACCGGGAUGGCGGCGCCGGCGAUGACAGCUCCAACAGGACUUGCUCUGAUUUCACCAAAGACUUCAGCAUCAGCAAUUACAUGAACGUCAGCAGUGAGGGCACGUCGGGGCUGCUCGCCGUAGACAUCAAACCGCUCCGCAAGAGCGAACCGGCGAAGGACUACAGCCUGUGCGUCAGACGGAGUCCGGAAGACAAGUGGUACCUGCUGGGGGAUAACGACGGCAGACUCCGCGUGGUGGAGGAGAAGAAGUCGCUCCUACCGCUUUGGCUGCAGGUGAUGCUCAUAAUGUGUCUGCUGGUGCUGUCCGGUAUGUUCAGUGGACUUAACCUCGGGCUCAUGGCUCUGGACCCCAUGGAGCUGCGCAUCGUGCAGAGCUGCGGCACUGAGAAGGAGAAGAGGGAUGCUCGCAAGAUCGAGCCCAUCCGCAGGAAAGGGAACUACCUGCUCUGCUCGCUCCUGCUGGGAAACGUGCUGGUCAACACCACGCUCACCAUCCUGCUGGACGAUCUGAUCGGCUCCGGCCUCGGCGCCGUGGUCGCCUCCACCAUUGGCAUCGUUAUCUUCGGUGAGAUCGUGCCGCAGGCGCUGUGCUCUCGCCACGGGCUGGCGGUGGGGGCCAACACCAUCCUGGUGACCAAGUUCUUCAUGUUCCUCACCUUCCCCCUGUCCUAUCCGGUUAGCAAGUUGCUGGACUGCGUGCUCGGCAAAGAGAUAGGCACCGUGUAUAAUCGGGAGAAGCUGGUGGAGAUGCUAAAGGUGACAGAGCCGUACAAUGACUUGGUAAAAGAGGAGCUGAACAUGAUCCAGGGCGCCCUGGAGCUUCGGACCAAGACGGUGGAGGACAUCAUGACCCCGCUGAGCAACUGCUUCAUGAUAAACACCGAUACUGUUUUAGAUUUCAACACCAUGUCGGAGAUCAUGGAAAGCGGGUACACGCGGAUCCCGGUCUAUGACGACGAGCGCUCCAACAUCGUUGAUAUCCUCUAUGUCAAAGAUCUAGCUUUCGUCGAUCCAGACGAUUGCACGACACUAAAGACCAUAACCAAGUUCUACAACCACCCUGUCCACUUCGUUUUCCACGACACUAAGCUGGAUGCCAUGCUGGAGGAGUUCAAGAAAGGAAAAUCCCACCUGGCCAUCGUGCAAAAGGUGAACAAUGAGGGUGAGGGUGACCCCUUCUAUGAGGUGCUGGGCCUGGUCACGCUGGAGGACGUCAUCGAGGAGAUCAUCAAGUCGGAGAUCCUGGACGAAUCGGACCUCUACACCGAUAACCGGAACAGGAAGAAAGUGGCUAACAACAAGAACAAGAGGGACUUUUCUGCCUUUAAGCAAGAGAGCGAGUCCAAAGUCAAGAUCUCCCCUCAGCUGCUGCUGGCUGCACAUCGCUUCUUGGCUACAGAGGUGAGCUUGUUCAGCCCCACGCUGAUCUCCGAGAAGGUGCUUCUGCGAAUCCUGAAGCAUCCGGGUGUCAUCCAGGAGAUCAAGUUCAGUGAGAGCAGCAAGCACGCUCCUCAGCAUUACGUGUACCAGAGAGGCAAGGCUGUCGACUACUUUGUCCUCAUCCUGCAGGGCCGGGUCGAGGUAGAGGCUGGUAAUGAGAACAUGAAGUUCGAGACGGGUCCCUUCUCCUUCUAUGGGGUCAUGGCCCUCAGCUGCCAGAGCCAGGUCGUGUCCCCCUCCCUUUCUCCCUUAGUUGUUUCGCCUCGCCCCCGAUAUCUCUCGUUAAAGAGGUUCUCUUUGUUCUCACGCUUCCCAGAGCCUCGCUCGCCGUCCCUCUUCGGUGGCCUGAACCGCUCAGCAUCCCUCAGCUGCGCAGAGCGCUCCGACUCCCUGUCCGUCAGCGGCAGCAACACUCAGCUCAGUGGCGCCCCCUCACCGCAGUACAUCCCUGACUUCUACGUGCGCGCCCUCACAGACCUGCAGUUCGUCAAGAUCACUCGCGCGCAGUACCAGAACGGUCUGAUGGCGUCCCGCCUGGACAGCACCCCCCAGUCUCCGGACAGCGGGCACAAGCAGCUGGACACUCUGCCCUCGACGCCAGGCCCACAACCACCCGACUCAACCCCCGGAAACGGCCUGGAUGAGACCACAUCCCUGCUGAACGACCAGAACUGCCUGUCUGGGUGCCAGCCAAACCAUACCACCGAACACACACCCCCACCCCCACCCGCCCACGGCCAAGCACACACGCAGGGUUCCAUGUGACCACAGGAUCACGCUUCUGGGGCCCAGCAACGGCACCUGACACCUCUCCCUAACCAUACUCUACUGCACACUCUGAGCACACACCCAAAAAAGGGAGGUCUGUCGGCCAGUGUAAACCAGGGACACACAAGCAGUCUUAUUCCAGAAGAUACCAUCUUACUCCAGCAUCUCCAACCCAGCCUGCUUCUCAUGUCCUGCUGGGAUGGACAGCCUGGUGUGUGUGCGUGCAUGUGUGUGUGUGUGUGAAUGAGAGAGAGAGAGAGAGCGAGCGAGCGUAUGUGUAUCUAUUGGGCUCACGCGUAUUGUCUCUUCCUAGCAUGAGAUAGAAAAUAAGGGAACUGAUGUAAAUCUGUAUUUGACCUUGUUGGUAAUCCUCACACUGCAGCUCUCAGUAGAUAUAAUUCCCUGGGUUUUAUGCAAAAAUGGGCAGGAGAAGCAUCAGUGAUCUGCCUUCAGAAUGGGGG